AUGCCCACUCCAAAAAUUCCCACAAUCGGAAUUACGAUAACCACCCAGAUAGCCUCUUCUGUUAUUCCGAAGAUUUUCCACAUUAUUUCUGUUAACGUUAAUGAUGGAUUAAAAAUGUUGGUAUCGUUUCGAGCAGCAUUCGAAGACGCAGACGAGGACGUAGAUGCAGAAGAUGUAGAGGAAGCAGUGGUUACGGGCAUGUUACUUUUAAUCGGUGUAAUUUUUCGUGAUGAUGAAAACUCUGUAGUUGAUAUUUUCGAGAUAAUUAAAACUAUCAAAUCAUUAUUGUUCAGCACUAAAUGA